ACAAUUAAUUAGCGAACAGCAAAGGACGUUAUACGAUGCUACUCUUUUGUUAAAUCCACGCUUAAUUAGUUUUGAUCUAAGAAAACUUUGUAUGCCAAACGUUUUUUUAUUGGUAACGACGAUGGUCUACAUCCUUUAGCGAACUUCAAAUAGGCGAUACAUGAAAAUACCAGUGUUCUCAUAUAUUAUUUUCUUGAGAAGUAUUAAUAUAUAUUUUGAUCAGUGAGAUGUUGUUCAAUACGAGUUUCUGUAUAUUUAUAUUUUUAGAUGGUUCACACAUUUCAAUCACCAAACAUUCGAUGUAUUUGUCUCUAUCUCGACAACAUGUAUAUACUCCUCUGUACUAUAUAUACUACAACAUCAAUUACUAAAAAUAUAUUAAUAAUGUAUAUAAUCGUACGUACUACGUACAAGUCUCAUUUUGACACUAAUUGAUUCAAUUUUUGAAAAUAUUGAAUUAUUUUGUUACUCUUGAUGACCAAGUCUAUCACAUGCAUGUAAUAAAAGUACACAUAAUCGGUCUUUCUUCUUAUUCGUAAGCUGCCAUGCAAGUGGGCCUUCAAGCUUCCGUGAAGUCUUAUGUAAUAAUUACAUACACACGCACACGCGCACACACGCUAUAUAUAAGUAUUUAUGUAUAUGCAUAUUAAUUAAUCCAUAUGUAACUCCAUUAUAAUCAAAUCGAAGGUAUUUGUGAUUUUGCAUGCCAUUUACUAUUUAUGUUAAUCAUACUCCUAAACCACAGAUCAAAGACUAAAUAAUAAUUAUAAAAUCCAUUACUCGCUAGGACAUGAAUCAUGAGGAAAACCUAUAUAUAGCGUGUAAUAUCUAAUGAUAUGCUUGUUGCUCCACAAAAAAAGUGUGUAAUAUCAUACAAUAAUCGUACAUGUUUAAGCGUACAUUUUACUAGCAACACAGAAUGGCGGAUAAAAUAUAAUUACAAUAACUUUUGAUCAAAAUAAUAAUAAUAAUUAUUAUAAUAACUAACUGCAAAAACUCUACAGUGAUAACACAACGAUUAAUUUCCACUCUUUCAAAAAAAAAAAAAAAAACUCAAAAGUGAUUAUAAAUUUAGAACUAGAUGCAACUCAUACAAUAAAUUACAAAAUAUAUUUCAUAGUUUUCAAUCUUGCUCUUCCAUCCGGAAACUUAUUUAGUAAUAAACUGUUCUAAAGUUAGAUGAAUACAGCCUAAAAUCGAGAAUAUAGAAGGAAGAGACAAAAGAGUCAAAGGAUGGCGGCCGGCUAAGCAAACAUUAUAAUUGACGGGGUGUUUUACAUAUAAUUGGUGGGGUUUAUAUUUAACAAAUUUUCCUUAAGACUAAAUAUACAUCAAUUAGUAUUGAAUCUCUAGAUGCUGAUGCAGGAGCAAAGACAAAUGAGAAAAAACAUUAGUCUCCCCCUUCUCUGUCAUUCGUUUCUAAAUUCUACUAAUAUUUUAUCACAUAAUUUAUAUCAUUAAAUUUCCAAUUCCAUAAAGUAACUUUUAUUCAUUUUUUAAACCCUAACUUUUGACAUCUUCAUCACAACUAUCUCCUCCAGCUAUUAUAUACUCUCUCCUUUAAUUUUUUCUUCAUUCACAUAUACUUUUCUCCAUUAUACACAUUUCCAAGUAUGUAUAUAUAAAAACCUCACAUACACGCACCAUCACACAAACAUCCUCCUCCUCCUCUUCAUCAUCAACAUAGUUGAGAAAGAUAAAAAAAUAAAGAGGGAGAGAGAGAGAGAGAGAAAGAAACACAUCAAGAGAAAGAAUCACGAAUCAAGAGGAUGGGAAGAGCACCGUGUUGUGACAAGGCUAACGUGAAGAAAGGGCCUUGGUCUCCUGAAGAAGAUGCAAAGCUCAAAGAUUACAUCGAGAGUAGUGGCACAGGAGGCAACUGGAUCGCUUUGCCUCAGAAGAUUGGUCUAAGGAGAUGUGGGAAGAGUUGCAGACUAAGGUGGCUUAACUAUUUGAGACCUAACAUCAAACAUGGUGGCUUCUCUGAGGAAGAGGACAACAUCAUUUGUAACCUCUAUGUUACUAUUGGUAGCAGGUGGUCUAUAAUUGCUGCACAAUUGCCUGGAAGAACAGACAACGAUAUCAAGAACUAUUGGAACACGAGGCUGAAGAAGAAGCUUCUUAACAAACAAAGAAAAGAGUUCCAAGAAGCUCGGAUGAAGCAAGAGAUGGUGAUGAUGAAACGACAGCAACAAGGACAAGGACAAUGCCAAAGUAAUGGUAGUACGGAUCUUUAUCUGAACAACAUGUUUAGAUCAUCACCAUGGCCAUUACUGCCUCAUCUUCCUCCUCCUCAUAGUCAAGUACCUCUUGUGAUGAUGGAACCAACAAGCUGCAAUUACUACCAACCGACACCGUCUUGCGCAUUAGAACAAAAGCCAUUGAUCCCACUCAAGAACAUGGUCAAGAUUGAAGCAGAACCGGAGAGAUCAAACCCUGAUCAUCAUUAUCCGGAAGACUCAAUGACAAACUCUUUUGAUCUUUCCUUCUCUCAGCUUUUGUUAGAUCCUAAUUACUACCUGGAAUCAGGAGGAGGAGAAGGAGAGUUUGCUCUCAUGAGUAGCAGUACGAACUCUCCAUUACCAAACACAAGUAGUGAUCACCAUCAACAUCAAAAAGAGAUUACUCAAUGGUUUGGGAGUAGUAAUUUUCAGACAGAAGCUAUCAAUGAUGUGUUCUUAAACAACAACAACUUAGCGAAUUUUGAAACCAACGACGAGAACGCAAAACUAUAUGCAAACUCAUCAGUAGCCGGAGCUGGAGCAGCGUUUGCCGGAGGAACGACGAGUACAUCGGCUGAUCAAAGCACAAUAAGUUGGGAGGACAUAACCUCUCUUGUUAACUCCGAUGAUGCAAGAUACUUCAAUGGGCCAAAUAAUGUGUAAUUUUUUUCUGCAAAAUUUUAUUUUUACUUAUAUAUAUAAAGAGGUUUUUGUAUAAGCUUAUGACUUAAGAGAGUGGUAAAAAAAAUCACAUGGAUUGAGAUUAAUAUUCUCAUAUUUGUUUAUUUUAGUUUCAACUUAGCUUUAUUCACGAAAAACAAUAUAUAUGAUCUUUUGAGUUUUUCUUUUUGAUUAAUGCUUUUAUAAAUUUGAAAGAGAUUCUACCUUUUAGCUUCUUCCUUUUUCCCUAAUAAUUAGGUCUUUAGAAAAUCUAUAAAUAUUUUCAAAUUACAAUACAUCUGACACAUAAGAAGAAAGAAACAACUAUGAAUAUAAAUUUGAAAGCCUAAAAGAGGAUUGUCUUUUAAACGCACCAACAUCCACCAAUAUAAAAGUUCUUAUUUUUAAAAGAUAACACUGUUAAUCAUCUUAUAUAUACGACAUGGUCGUGUAUAUAAUACACAUGAAUUGUUGGGUGCCUAUAGUAUUCAUAAAGAAUCCAAGGAUGAUUUCCUUCCCUGUUUCCUAUGAUCAACUCCACUGGAGUAUAUAAUCAUGCAUGUAGAUAUGCAUGAUUAUGAUAAAUUUGUCAAUAUUUAUAACAGUAAAAACAUUUAUGACAGUCAAAUUUGCUAAAUCAGGUCAUAAAUAACAAUCCAAAUUUUAUUGUUUUAUAAAUUAAAUCACCAAUGACUUCGAAUACUUUAUCAAUUAAAAAAUAUAAUGUUGUUUAGAAGCAUAUAUAACAAUAUAUUAAAUAAAAAAAGUAAUGGGUUUAUGUUAUCAAAAAAAAUUAUAAAUUCAUUAUAUUAUGAAAACUAUAUAUAUGGACCAGCUUUAAAAUAUACGAAAAUGGCAGACCCAAUCUAAUUACCUAAAAACAUAUUUGUCUAAAAUAAUCAUAAAAUAAAAUUUAAAUUUUAUAUACAUAUUUCAAAUCAAAGUAUUAAUUUAAAUUAAUUUAUAUCAAAAAUUGAUUCAAAAAUAUACAUAUAUUCAAAAAUUGAUUUUACUAAAAUGUUUUUAUAACCAUUAUAAAAAUGUUUUAAAUAUAUUUAAGAAAAAUAAAAUACAAAGCAAUUUCAAACACCAACGUAAAUUAUGAUUUUUAUAUUUCAUAUUAAGUUUUAAAAAUAUAAAAUAUAUGAUUAUUUAUCUGAUGGUACAUAUAAAAUACUAUUAAUUAUAUGAUUACUUAUAUGAUGGUAGGUAAAAAACACGAUUAAUUAUAUGAUAACACAUAUAUAAUAUUUAAUAGUGACAUGAAAAAAAUAAAUAACAACAUAUUUUUGCAAUAUUAUAUCUUCUAUCUUAUUAAAGUAGAAGUAUCUUUGGGAAUGUUUGGAAACAAGAAAUUAAAUUUUUUUUUGAUGUCCAUUAUAUUCUUAUAAAUUAUCUGUUUGUACCAGAUUUAAAAUAUAAAAAAAUGACUCAAUCUAAUUACUUUUUUUGUGCAACUGGUCAUCUAAUUAACUAAAAACAUAUUUUGUCUAAAUUAAUCAUUAAACAAAAUUCAAAACAAAAAUUGAUUCAAAAAUAUAUAUGUAUUCAAAAAUUGAUUUUUACUAAUGUAUUUUCCAGUAACAAUUAUAAAAUUGUUUUCAAUAUAUAUAUAAAAAUACAAUACAAAGGAACUAAUAGAUUGAGUAAACCUUAUUUCUAAUUUUUUUUAUGGACCACCGAAACAGAAUUAGAUAUACAAUACUAGAAAUAACUAUAAUAUUUGAGUUACAAUAUCAAAUAAACAAUGAAACAAAAAAUUAAUAUAUGAAUGUAUUAGUAUUCCUUUAUUCGUAUUACAA